GGCUCUUCCUAGCUGUUAGUUAAAAAUAUAUUAAGGAUACCCUAAGACCAGAUAUGUCACAAAGUAAUGAAAAGAAUGCAGAUGUUUAAUAAAUAUGGGCCGAUAAAGAAGCAAAGAGGUCAAUGAAACCGUAUCAUUUGCGCCCACAAAGUCUGAGAAUGGUUGCCAUCUGUUGACUCAGCUGCUUCUAUUACUUUUCUCUUAGUAUAUAUUUCUACAUUAUCAUAUUAAUAUCACACUUCAUAGAGGGCCAAACAGCGUGCGUGUCUGUGAGAGUGAGAGAUAAAGAUUUCAAAAUAACACGAUAGUAGGUAUUGAUCAACUGUUUUUUUAUUCUUUAUUAGGACAGAAGGGUUAGCCUAGUAUUCAAUAUCUUUAUAUCAUAGUCACACUAAUCUCAAAGUAAAAGCAGGUUAUCUAUCUAAUUACACAACAUUUUCACUCUUGGAUCCGAUAGGGGUGUAAAAGAAGAUAAAGAACAACUUUCUGUUCUGCCCUUUCUUAGCAACAACACUUUCGAAUCUUCCAAUAUCAAUGUAUACUGAGUCUUCCGAUGGAAAUUAUAGCGCUAACAAUGAUGAGAGUAGCAAAUUUAAUGCAUUUCAUCCCUGUGACGCUUUGAGUGGAUCAGAGUCACUUCCGGAAAGAUUCACAACGCAAACGAUUAGAUCUGAUAACGAGCCCAUGUCUUCAGAUGCUAGCAGUUGUUCUAGCACACCUAACAAUACGAUCACGUCUCAACCCUCUCUUGCGAGAGAAUGCCACUAUGGAAGUGAUACCUGCCAGUGUCCUGUUUGUCAACUCAGUUACCACAUUUCGUAUUUGUUUUCCAACCAACGUCGGUCAUCUGAGCACGUUCUUGCCUCAUGGCCUUCUCCCUUUCAGACGCAGUUAGGCGAGUGUCUGCACCCGCUACUUCCAAUCAAGCCAUCAAAUCUUAAAGUGUGUCCAGUUUAUGAGACCUACGGCUUUUGUCCCUACAGUCAGGCGUGCUACCUGCCACAUCCGGCUCUGUUCAGUUCAAAAGCCUUGGCACGAAGAACAGGCUCUGCUGAGGGGGAGUUCAAGUUGUUAGUGAGGAAGGCAGAACGCCAGCUGGAUGAACCUCUUUGGUGCUGUGACGUCUGCGGAUAUUCAGAAAUUAGCGAAAACUACUUGUCGGAGGUAGGAAAAAUGUAUUUCUAUAGGUACUGCCCUAUGUGUUCCUUUUCUUGUUACUUUCCUCACAUCACUCGGCUUAUCGAGCACGUUCUCGAUUCGGUAGCUGACGACUAUCAGAGAUUCAAGGAUAUAAUCGAUGAUUAUCGUAUGAGACUCCCUGAUGAGUACAAAGUUCCACUAUCGUUUGAGGCACACCGAAUCGCAAAUGUAAUUUUCUCUUGGAGUUUAAUUUCUCCAGUGCAGGUCCGAGAUGCAGUGGAAGCGGCAUAUAGGGUGAUUCCGGACAUGAGCGCCAUCAUUAGCAUGGGUAGUGGCUCUGGUUACAUCGAGCAUAUCUUCAACCGUGUUAUGAACGCCGGUGUAGGCCUGCCUUCUAGUGAUGGCGAUAGCACUCAGUAUGUAUUGAAACCAAGUCAAUUCUCAACCAAUAGCUUCUUUGGUGUGCACACUAGCUUUUACAAUAAAAAAAUAAUUCCUAUUUAUGCCUUCGAUGAGCUUUCACUUCGAAGGACCUACAGUGUUCAUGUAUCGAUUGGCGGUCCUCUUUCAAUCUUAUCCAUGGAUUGCGUGAGGACAGUACUGCUCCUGUGCUGGCCGCCUUUUGGAUCCACUAAAGAUGAGCAAAGCUCGAUGGCUUUCGAGGCACUGGAGUAUUUCAUGCAGCGUGGUGGGAGAGUUGUCAUUUACAUUGGCGACGUCGCGUCAACCGGAGAUUGGCGCUUUCACCAACUACUUCAAAUGCAUUACAAGUUGGUGCGAGAUUAUCCUGUGCGCAGGGAGGUGAGACGAUGGCUACCACAGGAAAUGGGUUUAAUGUAUGCUGGAAACGAUACCGUUGGCGUUUACCAGUCUAGGGGCACUCCUGUGUAG